AUGGCCGAGAAACCUCAUAGAAUCACCAUUCAAGCCCCAAAGUCGAGUGAACCUGCAAGUCCAACUUCAGCUUCACAGACUGAUGAGACUGUAAUUGGAACCCCGACAUCUCCGCUGCCAUUCACAACAGGACCGUGGGAUGAAAUCGAAGAUCCAUCUAAAGACCUGAACAAGCCACUGCCAGGAUGGCCACUUGUGUCUAAAUUGAUUGCGCAAUAUCCAGAUCUCGAAGCGUUCAAGGCUUUCCGUGACCUUAACAUCAAAAGUCUGCUUUAUUAUCAAGCAGAAUUAGAGAAUCUGCGCAAGAAGCUACACGAGGCAGAAUAUAAUGAGCAUCGACAGGGUGAGCAAGAGGGCAUAGUGAAAGCUUCAAUGAUGGCGAAGAAUUUGGACUACUAUCUUAUACAUGCUCGAAUGGACGAUAGCAAGUGCAAAUCUAAGCAAGUGAAGAUUAUGAAGCAGAUCAGAGUAGUUUUGAAAGAAUAUAAUGAUGCGUUAUUACAAUACUCCCAAAUUACAGCAUUACCGAGGGCAGACCCAUACAACGUGGAAACGCUAAGGGCCUGGCUCAAGAGAGUGGGUAAACAUUGCAUCACGGGGGAUGCAGCAUGUAUAUGGGGUGACUAUACAGAAAAUAUAGGCGAACCAAAACCAUUGAGAUGGCAGUUCGUCAGUCUCAUGCGUAGUAUCUUUUGGCCAACAACUCCUAAGCCUGACAAUCUCGAUCUCAUUGUACCUCGACAAGGUCAUACGGUUGACGGUCUAACUACGUGGGUCGCCAAUGAAUUUGUCCCAUUUUGGCACAGCAUGAAACAAGCAUUACGGCGAAAAAUGGUGAAGACUACCUCUGAGGAGAAUGGGCUGCCCACUGCUGAAAAUAAGAGCCAUCCAUUCUUGGAAACAAGAGAAAAUUCAAGAAGCUCCCGAUUUUGGUCUUAUCACAGAAAACCCAUCUUUAGCACAGCAGAAGAAGGCCAAAAGCCAAAGGAUAGGACAGGGCUUACUGUUUACUCUGAAGCACGCAUGUUACGUGUCACCUCAGCUGUAGCCACGGUCAUUGCGUGCCUGUUACCUACCGUUGCCAUCGCGGUACUUUCAAGCCUUGAAUCUACCGGAGAACUACUUGGAGUUAUCGCAGCGUUUACAGCUAUCUUUGCGAUGGGUCUUAUGUUUUUGACUGAUGCCGGUACAUCGAGGGUUGAGAUAUUCACCGCUACCGCCGCUUUUUCCGCCGUCAUGGUAGUAUUUGUGCAAAAUCAAAAUGUCUAUAUUGGCGCGUCCCAAAACAGCCCUGGAGUAAUAAUGACGAACGGGUCAAAUUCAACGAGUUGA